UUUUUUUGCUCGGUUCUUAUGCUCGAUAAUGAUGUUUGAGAGUGAAAGCUGCGUGGUGUCGGCGCUCCUCGCGCUCGUUCGCUCCGUGGUUCCGGCGCUGCUGCUGCUCGCGCUGUCGCGACGGCUCUGGGCGCUCAGGUGGCGCGCAGCCCGGGACAAGACAUGCGCGCUCCCGCUACCUGAGGGCUCCAUGGGGUGGCCGCUAAUCGGAGAGAGCUUCCACUGGCUCUUUCAGGGUUCAAGCUUCCACAUCUCCAGGAGAGAGAAACACGGCAAUGUCUUUAAGACCCACCUCCUGGGGAAACCUGUGAUUCGUGUAACUGGUGCUGAAAACAUUCGCAAGAUCCUGCUCGGGGAACACACACUGGUGAGCACGCAGUGGCCACAGAGCACGCGCAUCAUCCUUGGACCAAACACGCUCGUCAACUCGGUUGGUGAGCUACACAAGAAGAAAAGAAAAAUCCUGGCAAGAGUAUUUAACUGUGAAGCACUGGAGACCUAUCUGACACGCCUUCAGGAUGUGGUGAAGGGUGAAAUCAGUAAGUGGUGUGCUGAGGCUGGCCCUGUGGAAGUGUACAGUGCUUCUAGGUCACUCACUUUCCGUAUCGCUGUGCGCGUCCUUCUCGGCCUAAAGCUUGACGAACAGCGCAUCACUGACCUCUCCAAGACCUUUGAGGAGCUCAUGAACAACCUGUUCUCACUUCCUGUGGACGCACCUCUUAGUGGCCUGCGCAAAGGGAAAAAAGCACGAGACAUUCUGCAUGCAGAGAUGGAGAACAUUAUCAAGGAGAAACUGAAGAAGCAGGACAUGGAUGAGUACUGUGAUGCUUUUGACUACAUGCUGAGUGGUGCUAAGGAACAGGAUUACAACCUGACCAUGGAGGAGCUUAAGGAAACCGCAGUGGAAUUGAUCUUCGCAGCACAUUCCACUACAGCGAGCGCGUCCACAUCGCUCAUACUUCAGCUGAUGCGCCAUCCUGAAGUCACAGAGCGUUUAAGGGCCGAACUGGAGGCUGAAGGUUUAAUGGUGGACGUUCCCAGCACUUGUUGCUUAUGCUGUAAUGAAAACAGCAACACAUGCUCAAACAGUCAGGCUGAAAAUUCCACAAAUGACAUGGCACGGUCUCGUCUGACAUCCAAAUCUCUGCUCAAUAAAACCACCUGCCUUGACAGACAAGAAUCUCAUCGAUCUUGGAUCAACGUUCCAUAUUUGAGUCUGGAGAAACUCAGUCAGCUGUGCUACUUGGACUGUGUGGUGAAGGAGCUGCUUAGAUUUCUACCACCAGUGUCUGGAGGGUACAGAACAGUGCUGAAGACGUUUGAGUUGAAUGGAUACCAGAUCCCAAAAGGCUGGAGCGUCAUGUAUAGCAUCCGUGACACGCAUGAGACUUCUGCUGCCUACACAACCCCAGAGUUGUUUGAUCCUGACCGUUUCGCCACCGAUCGUAACGAGACCAAAAACAGUCGAUUCAGCUAUGUGCCAUUCGGUGGUGGUGUUCGGAGGUGCAUCGGCCGCAAGUUUGCCUUACUCGUGCUUAAGGCACUUAGCGUGGAGCUGUUGGCUACGGCCGAGUGGAAGCUAGCCACAGAGACGUAUCCAAGCAUGCAAACAGUUCCCAUUGUCCACCCAGUCAACGGACUCCAUGUCAACUUUAACUACAGGAAUUAUCCGAGUGGGAGAAACCGCAGGGAGUCCAAACACAUAUAAAAAAAAAAAAACAUAUUUAGCAGCAACAUUUAUGAGUCCACUUAAUGAUUUUUGAACCGUCCUGGAGUAUUUUUCACCAGUCUAUUAACAAAAUCAGAACACAAGGAAUGACUGAAGUACAAUUCAGAAAGAAUUGUUCAGAAUAGCAUAAAUCAAUAAAUAACUAACCUGCCUGGCCCAGUUUUGUGGACUGGAAAAAAACAGAUGAACAAAUGAAUAGAGAACAUUGACAGAUGCAUAUUUAUGCUAUUCAGAGUCACGAGAAAAGGCUGCUUAGGUAAAUAAAUGCAACCCAUAAACAUGGGUUAAUAAGAGACAAUGCUUCGGUAUACUUUGAGCUAAAUAAGGGCCCUGGAACAUGCAAAGACUGUCGUCAUGGUGAACUGCAUUUCUCAGGAUGCUUAGGAUUUGUUACCGCUUUAAUUUUACAUGCAGUUUGUUGAGAAUGCAUGGUUUUUUGGUUAGACGGCCUUCUAUGCUGGUUCCAAACUCUCUUUUAAAGAAAUCUUGAAGGAGGAUGUAAUAAUUAUGAUUAAUUUGUAGAGUAUAAAUGAUUCAGAUUUUUUUAUACAAUUCUUUGGUUUUUGUUUUGAUCAAUCAAAGCAUGAUAAAAAUGUAUCUUUCAUUCUCUGAUAUUUAUAUUAAGAUGUGUAAAAAACAUUUUUG